AUGCCUGGACUUCCGGCAUCCGUCGACCUCGACGAGUGCAUCUCGCGCUUGUACAAAAGGGAACUUCUCGCCGAGUCUGUCAUCGAGGCCAUCUGCGCCAAAACAAAAGAGCUCCUCAUGCGUGAGAGCAACGUCGUUCACGUCCGCGCCCCCGUCACAGUCGUCGGCGACAUCCACGGCCAGUUCUACGACCUCAUCGAGAUCUUCAAGAUUGGUGGAUGGUGUCCAGACACCAACUACUUGUUUCUUGGAGACUAUGUCGACCGCGGCAUGUUCAGCGUCGAAACGAUAUCUCUGCUUGUGUGUUUGAAACUUCGAUACCCCAACCGCGUGCAUUUGAUCCGAGGCAACCACGAGUCUCGCGGUGUUACCCAGUCCUACGGCUUCUACACGGAAUGCUCAAGAAAAUACGGAAACGCCAAUGUGUGGCACUACUUCACCGACAUGUUCGACUUCUUGACCCUCAGCGUUGUUAUCAACGACAAGAUCUUCUGUGUUCACGGAGGCCUCUCCCCCUCUAUCCACUCCAUUGACCAGAUUGUCAUCAUCGACCGCUUCCGAGAGAUCCCCCACGAAGGGCCCAUGGCCGACCUGGUCUGGUCCGACCCAGACCCCGAGCGGGACGAGUUCUCUCUGAGCCCCCGUGGGGCAGGGUAUACCUUUGGCGCGCAAGUGGUCAAGAAGUUCUUGGCCGUGAACAACAUGGACCACAUCCUCAGGGCGCACCAGCUGUGCCAGGAGGGCUUCCAGGUUCUGUACGACGACCGCCUUAGCACCGUGUGGAGCGCCCCCAACUACUGCUAUCGGUGCGGCAAUAUGGCCAGUGUCUUGGAGGUCAGCGACACGGGCGAGAGGUUUUUCAACGUCUUUGCUGCAGCCCCAGAGAACGACCAGCACAAAGACAUGCAGCUGGGCGGUGGGGACAAGCAGGCGGACGGAAAUUCACUACCCGAUUACUUUUUGUAG